AUGAUUGGAUAUAGCGAUCACAAUUGUGCCGCUUAUUUUGAUAGAGAAAGCACUAUUACCGCCAUUCAACGCUCUAUUCAGCGGGAUAAGCCUCUUCAUUACGAUUCUCUACAUUUAAAGGGUAAACUUCGUCAGCAUUUCAAGAUGCCUGUUGGGAUUCGUAAUUCGUUAAAGCAAUCUUAUUACAAAAAUUUAGAAGGAGCUCGUGCUAGUCUAGUUCAUGCAUCAGAAUCUUACCAUGAAGCCUGUGAGGGAGCAAGAUUUAAAUUUUAUAGGGCCCUUGCUGACACGAGACAAAUACUACAUGAAAUGCGAGAUACCAUGGAUAAUUUACGAUUUGAAGCUCAAUUAUGGAGAUACGAUCAUAUAAGCUCCACAAAACUAGGGUGGUUGUUUAAGAGUGAAAAUGCAACAUCCAAUGACAUUCUGUAUUGUCUUCGUUCAACUUCCAGGAAUGGGCAACUAUAUCGAGAGACCGGAAGCCGUCCUGGGGAUUAUUUUAAAACUCAGACGUUUAAUAACAAAGUUUCUAUAAUAGGCCCCCGCAGUGAUCAAACAGAGACCAACUCAUCCUCUAGCCCCCGGAUUAUAUUAAGUACUGAUGAAGACGCAUUUGGAGACGUGGACAAUAACUUCAUCUUUUCUGCACCUCCAAUGUUCACCAAUGUUGAGUAUGAUGAUAUAGGCAGCUUACUAAAGAGUAAUUCAGCUCCGGUGGAACUUGUUAACGAUUCUGCUAUCAUAAAUUCCGGAUAUAACUUUCUUUCAAAUCGUUUAGAUCUGAAUAAUGUUUUAAAUCCUAAGACUGUCCCUGCCAGUCAGGGCAAUAUAUCUCAAAUUGAAACAGUGCGUAAAAUGACAGAUAUAGUGAUUCAAAUGUUUGAUCAAUACGUCAACAACAAUAGUAAUAGUAACAAUAUCACUAAUAAGGAUAAGGAUAAUAAUAAUGGAAACUACGUUAAUCUCGAAGAAUAUAUGCAUACUGACAUUGAACAAAAGAAGUGGGGGGAUAUCGAUGUAAGCAAUAAGCUGAAUUUAAAUGGAGUAGUAGAUGUCCAUACAAAAGUUGAACAUUCUACCCCUCCAAGGACGGCUAAUUCGAUAUGUGAUGAAAUUGACAGAUUAAACAGCAUGAUUGAAAGCACAAUAAGUAUGUAUAGAGAUAGUGAAGAGGAUAUACACUCUACUAUGUACCACCCGACUGAUGCGAGCGAUCAAAAAACCAAUCAUUCAUCUACGGUAUCUAGGGCAGAUGUUUGUAAAGCUGGAGCAAGAAAGCUAGAAUCACAUCCUAUGUCUUUGCUGGCAUAUUCUAGUAACGCAACUAUGGAGGACAUAGAAGAUAUACUUGCGAGGGUAGUUGAACAGUUGAAUCAGUUUGAAUCCAAUGGGUCACCCUUUGGACUUCUUGACAAUACAUUUAUCCAAACUGACGAUAUUUUAAAUGAUACCGUAAAGUCCCUUGAAAUCCUUAAUGAACCUGAACCUGCUACUGUUCCCUCAGAAAAUUCCCAAGUUUUACAUAAACCGUCUAACUGGUGUACAGUACGGCAUAUUGGCCAUAUUGGGCAUACUGGCCAUAAUGUGCAGGAUGAUGAUAUUUGCUGUGCUGAUCAACCUGAAUUCGAAAUCACAUUAGAAAGUGAACUAGGACCCAAAAUUUCUUUCGAUCUAACAAGCUCACCAUUGAAGAUUUCUACCCAUUAUAAAUCACCAACGGAGAGAGAAAAGCUUGGUUUUACACAACAUGAUUAUAAUGAUGAAGAUUCUAUCUAUGAUGACAUACAUCAGUAUGAAAGGCUACGAUUUGAUCAGAUGCCAAUUUCUUUAAAAACAAUAUUUAAGGAAUAUCCUCCAUAUAUUUACGAAAAAAGAUUGUUAAAGCCGUUGCCACCAUCCCUUAAGGUGUUAUUUCAAGACCCUCAAUAUGAUUAUAAUUGGAAAGACUCGGAUCCAAAGUCCCUAAAACCAUAUCACGCUACUUUGGAUCCAGGUUGGGAGAUCAAUAAUUUAUUUAGAACAAUUACCCUUAGAAAUGGAUGUACUCUGCAGUCUCCAAUGGGAUAUUGGUUGAACAAAUGUUGGUUUUGUGGGCACCACAUAUAUUCAAGAUUCCACAACUGUCGUCGUGAGUACUUAAAAAAGCAUAUCCAUAAUGGUGCAGAAUACGUGCGAUUUCAAAUAUCUGAUUUUUGUGAAGAUUUCAAAUUAGAGAUAGAGUGGGCGCUUUACAAGAUCCGUUAUGAACUCUUCUGA